CGCCCGAACCGCGAACACACGUACCGUCCGCCACCGGUCUGCACCAGAAACUUGCCGAGGUUUACAAAACCGUUUACUUAACGCCAUUUUUUGACGUAACUUUACCAGUUGGCCAGCGUUUUUUGCGUUUGUAAUUUUGUUGCACGGACAUUUUUGGCUGUUAAUCUGGAAGAAUCCUGUACACGAUGGAUAAACGCAUCGAGCUGGAGCGCCGGGGACGCGAUCCCACAAAGGUCAAAGAGCUGACAUUGGACAAUUCACGGUUGGAAGCACAUGAACAUGGUAUCUCGGAGAAGCUGGGACAGUUCGUUAAUCUGGAGGCACUGCGGAUGAUCAAUGUCGGACUGUCCACCCUCAAGGGCUUCCCCGCGCUGCCCCAGCUGAGAAAGCUGGAUAUCAGCGAUAAUAGGUUAUCGGGCGGUUUGAACUACAUUUCGGAUUCCUGUCCCAAAUUAGAGAGCCUGAAUAUGGGUGGAAAUCGGAUAAAGGAUAUUGAAACACUGGAACCUCUGAAGAAAUUAGCGGAGCUGCGGCACAUUGACAUGUUCAACUGUGACAUUGUGGCCAUUGAGAAUUACCGUGACAAAGUCUUCCAAGCCCUUCCCCAGAUCACCGAUCUCGACUCGUUUGACCGUUCCGGCAAAGAGGUAUUCGACUCCGAAGAGGAGAACGAAGAGGAAGAGUACGACGCCAAUGGAGAUCCCAUUGGGGGGUCGGAUCACGACAGCUUCGACGAUGAUGACCAGGAGAAUCAGGAUGAGGACGAUGAUGAUGAUGAGGAAAAUGAGGGAGACGAAGAAUCUUCCGAUGAGGACGGAGAUGAGCAAGGCGACGAGGAUGAGGAGGAACCAGAAGUGGACGCCAACGGCCUCGUACAACCGCCACGCCAUCCUAAUGAGAGCUACGAAGAAGACGACGACGAUGAAGAUGGCGACAUUGAAAAUGAAGAGAAUGAGGGUGACGACGAUGACGAUGAUGACGAAGAAAAUGAGGAGAGCAGCAUAGAAAACGAAGAACAAAAUGAUGAGGGUCACCGUGGAACGAAGCGUCCCCACUCUGACGAUGAGGAAAAUGCGGAGGAAGUGUAAAAAGUGCAUUGUAAAUGGAAAUCUAUUAGUCUUGCGUUAGCGUUAAUGACGAGCUGGGGAUCUGCACAGUUGUUAGAUAUCUGACUACGCGGAAUGUGUGUUGAGAAGUGGAAAGGGUUUUGUUGCCAAAAAUCGCAUCUGAUCGGUAUUUUCUUUGUUUGUUUAUUGUUACUCUCUUAUUGCGUCUUGUUGUUGCGCGUGCUGUAUGCGGCGAUUGCAAUGGCUUUUACAAUCACGACCUUUGAAAUCUUUAAUUUUGUUCAUGGCUUCCAAGAAAACUGAAAAUAUGUGGUGAAGAUUUUGUUAAAAUAAUGGUUCUUUUACUUUGUAUUGCAUUGCCUAAAAAGGUCUGAUUGUAUGUACAAUAUAAAUGCCUUGAAAGGAUGGCGCUGAUAAAACAAGAAUUAUUCUGAAAA